UUAGUCGUGUCUGACCAAUGAGCGUUGAGGACGUAGGCGCUGAGCUUAUAAAUGACAAGGUGACAGUCCACCUCCUCCUACACUCACUGACUGCCGCUGUGCGAGAGACCAGCUAAUCCCGGACCCUCCGAAAGCCUAAAUAACCGCUCCAGCCAUGUAUGCCUGCGCCAAGUUCGUCACUUCCCCUGCUGUGCUGCGUGGGGGGUCCAGAGUCCUCGCCCGGCCAGUCUCCGUCUCCAUCUUCAACAGACCUGAAGUCACAGCGGAGCAGCAGGCACUGUUGCCAGUCAGCCAGUCUGCAGUCCUCGCCCGCUCCUUCCAGACGAGCGCCGUCUCCCGGGACAUCGACACUGCCGCCAAGUUCAUCGGUGCUGGUGCCGCCACAGUGGGCGUGGCCGGAUCAGGAGCUGGAAUCGGAACAGUGUUCGGCAGCCUCAUCAUCGGCUACGCCAGGAACCCCUCCCUGAAGCAGCAGCUCUUCUCCUACGCCAUCCUGGGCUUCGCCCUGUCUGAGGCUAUGGGUCUGUUCUGUCUGAUGGUGGCGUUCCUCAUCCUGUUCGCCAUGUAAACCUGGAGCCACACCCACACACACCUCCCCCCCCCCCCCCCUCGUCUCUUUUUUCUCCCUCCCUUUGUCCCAUCCGGAGGGGGGUUUCCUCAACGGGAACUCUUGAAUGAGCUGCUAGGCCAUUCCAAUCAUCGGAAAAUAUUAAAGGAAAUUAUUAACAUCAGAGGUUAAAAAAAAAAAAAAACCUUGAUCCAACAUUUUUAUGUUCCUGCGCUUGUUUUUGUUUUUCAGACGUUUUAUGUCAAACCUCACCUUGGUUAAAAGAAUCUGUCCAGAAUAAAUGGUUGGGAUAACUACAAA